GCCGCUGCGCUGAUCGGCCAUCUUGGAUAAUUCCUUGUUUCUGCUUUCCCGGCUUCCUUGCUAACUCAUGAGUACGGAGGUGCUCCUUCUCAUAAGGGAGAUAUUACAGCGAGAUUCCUUAUUUAAAGAAUACUUAUUUGUCAGUAACAUCGCCGUUCAGUGAUGCCGGGACUCAGCUGUAGGUUUUACCAGCACCGUUUCCCGGAGGUGGAGGAUGUGGUGAUGGUGAACGUGCGCUCCAUCGCUGAGAUGGGCGCUUACGUCAGCCUGCUGGAGUACAACAACAUCGAGGGAAUGAUCCUGCUGAGCGAGCUCUCGCGUCGUCGCAUCCGCUCCAUCAACAAACUCAUCCGCAUCGGACGCAACGAGUGUGUCGUGGUUAUCCGAGUGGACAAAGAGAAAGGAUAUAUCGACUUGUCAAAGAGAAGAGUCUCUCCAGAGGAGGCCAUUAAGUGUGAGGACAAGUUUACCAAAUCCAAGACUGUGUACAGUAUUCUGAGGCAUGUGGCGGAGGUGUUGGAGUACACCAAGGACGAGCAGCUGGAGAGUCUCUACCAGCGCACUGCCUGGGUCUUCGAUGAGAAAUACAAGAAGCCGGGAUACGGCGCUUAUGAUGUGUUCAAACAGGCCGUGUCUGAUCCCUCCAUCCUGGAUGGGUUAGACCUGACAGAAGAGGAGAGGAACGUACUCAUUGAUAACAUCAACAGGAGGCUCACACCACAGGCUGUCAAAAUCAGAGCAGAUAUCGAGGUUGCGUGUUAUGGGUAUGAGGGCAUUGACGCUGUUAAAGAAGCGCUGAGGGCUGGAUUGAGCUGCUCCACAGACUCCAUGCCAAUCAAGAUAAACCUAAUCGCUCCCCCACGGUACGUGAUGACCACCACCACUCUGGAACGGACCGAAGGGCUCUCCAUGCUCAACCAGGCCAUGGCUGUCAUCAAGGAGAAGAUUGAGGAGAAGCGAGGCGUCUUCAACGUCCAGAUGGAGCCCAAAGUGGUGACCGAUACAGAUGAGACGGAGCUACAGAGACAGCUGGAACGUUUGGAGAGAGAGAAUGCCGAAGUGGACGGAGACGAUGAUGCGGAGGAGAUAGAGGCUAAAGCUGAAGAACAAGUCCUCGGUGUGUAAAAGAGGAUUAGAGGAGGUGAAGUUUAACCAGCAGCAGGCAGACCCUCAUGGAGAAGAUACAGAGAUAUUCAAAGUAUGAACUGUUUUUGUAUCCUAGCAAGUGGAGUGGUUAAAGAACAGAUGUAAAAGGAAAAAAAAAAUGUAAAAUUAAAAUUUAUACAC